AAUAAAGCAUGGGUUUGUUUUCUGAAGCACUUGUACUUCAUUUUCCCUUAUUAAUCACCCUCCUCCUUCACAACCAUGUGGUUGGGGUAUCAUAUACCACAGAUAAACAAACUUUGAUCACACUCAAGUCUCAGCUCAGUGAUGACACUUCCAACAAACUAUCUUCUUGGAACCAGAACACUUCCCCAUGCAGCAACUGGACUGGUGUCAAGUGUAACAAACUAAGCCAAAGAGUAACUAGCCUUGAUCUUUCAGGGUUAGGACUCUCAGGUCAAUUGAGCUCUUCCAUUGGCAACCUCAUCCGUUUAAGAGUUCUCAACAUGAGCUCUAACAAUAUUGAAGGAGUGAUUCCUUCUAACAUCACCCUCUUGACUCAGCUCCAGAUUCUUGAUUUAUCAUCAAACAAGAUUGUGAGCAGAAUUCCCACAGACAUUGGAAGCUUGAGGAAUCUUCAAGUCUUGAAGUUGGGAAAGAAUAAUCUGCAUGGUGCAAUUCCAGCUUCUCUGGGAAACAUUUCUUCCCUCAGGAAUAUCAGUCUUGGCACCAAUUAUCUCAGUGGCUGGAUUCCAAGUGACUUGGGAAGGCUCAAGAAUCUGAUAGAGCUUGAUCUCACUAUCAACAAUCUCACAGGGACUGUUCCAUCAGUUAUAUAUAACAUAACUUCCCUUGUUAACUUGGCCUUGGCUGCAAACUCCUUCUGGGGUGAGCUUCCUCAAGAUGUUGGUCAUACACUUCCAAAUCUCUUGGUGUUCAACUUCUGCUUCAACAGAUUCACCGGUGGGAUUCCGGCUUCUCUGCACAACCUCACUAACAUUAGGGUCAUCCGAAUGGCUCACAACCUCUUGGAAGGGACAGUGCCACCUGGUCUAGGAAAUUUGCCAUUCCUGCGCAUGUAUAACAUUGGAUACAACAAGAUAGUUAGCUCUCAAGGAAGAGGUUUGGAUUACAUUAUUCAUUCUUUGACAAACAGCACCAAACUCAACUUCCUUGCGAUGGAUGGUAACAGGUUGGAAGGUGUGAUUCCUGAAGCCAUUGGUAACCUCUCCAAGAAUCUCUCAAUAUUAUACAUGGGAGGGAAUAGAAUCAAUGGAAGCAUACCCUCUUCCAUUGGCCAUCUUAGUGGCAUGAGAUUGUUGAACUUGAGCUACAAUUUGAUCACCGGAGAAAUCCCACAAGAGUUAGGCCAAUUAGAGGAUCUACAAGAGCUGAUUCUAGCUGGAAAUCAGCUAUCUGGUACCAUUCCAAAGUCUCUUGGUAAUCUCCUUAACUUAAACCAGAUUGAUCUUUCAAGAAAUGAACUUGUGGAUACAAUACCAAGUAAUUUUGGGAACUUUCAAAGCCUGCUCUAUAUGGACUUAUCCAGCAACAAACUCAGUGGAAGCAUACCUGGGGAGAUACUCAAUCUCCAAACUUUGAGCAAGGUUUUAAAUUUGUCAAUGAACCUCUUGAGUGGACCAAUACCUCAAGUUGGGAAUUUGAUCAGUGUUGCCACCAUAGACUUUUCCAUCAACAAAUUGUAUGGUGAGAUUCCCAGCUCAUUUAGCAAUUGCCUGAGCUUGGAAAAAUUGUCUCUAGCAAAGAAUAUGCUUUCAGGUCCCAUUCCAAGUACUCUUGGAGAUGUGAAAGGUUUGGGAACUUUGGACCUGUCCUGCAACCAACUCUCAGGAUCCAUUCCUGGUGAACUUCAAAAUCUACAUGCCCUUCAGCUUUUAAACCUCUCUUAUAAUGAUUUAGAGGGAGCCAUUCCUAGUGGUGGAGUAUUCCAGAAUCUCUCUGCUGUCCAUUUAGAAGGUAAUACAAAACUCUGCUUGCAUUUCUCAUGUGUGCCUCAUGGCCAUGAAAGAAGGACCGUCUACAUCAUCGUAGCCUUGGUGGUGACAUUGAUACUAUGUCUCACAAUUGGCUUGAUACUAUACAUAAAGAACAGAAGAGUCAAGGUAACAUCGGCGGCAGCAUCUGAGCUGUUAAAGCCUCAUGCUCCGAUGAUCUCUUAUGAUGAACUUCGUCAGGCAACUGACGAGUUCAGCCAGGAAAAUUUAAUAGGAUCUGGGAGCUUUGGCUCAGUAUAUCGAGGCCUUCUACGCGAGGGAAGUAUUGUUGCUGUGAAAGUGCUUAACAUUCUAAGAACUGGUUCUCUGAAGAGUUUCUUUGCUGAGUGUGAGGCUAUGAAGAACUCAAGGCACAGAAAUCUGGUUAAGGUGAUCACAUCUUGCUCUAGUGUUGACUUCAAGAACAAUGAGUUUCUGGCUUUGGUUUAUGAGUACAUGAGCAAUGGGAGCUUAGAUGACUGGAUUAAAGGGAGGAGAAAGCAUGCAAAUGGAAAUGGUUUGAAGCUUAUGGAGAGACUGAAUAUAGCUAUUGACACAGCUUGUGCAUUGGAUUACCUGCACAAUGAUAGUGAAAUUCCAAUUGUGCAUUGUGAUUUGAAGCCUAGCAACAUUCUCUUGGAUGAUGACAUGACUGCCAAGGUUGGAGACUUUGGAUUGGCUAGGUUGCUGAUUGAAAGAUCAACAAAUAAUCAAGUCUCCAUUAGCUCCACUCAUGUCCUUAAGGGUUCAAUUGGUUACAUUCCACCAGAGUAUGGAUGGGGAGAGAAACCAUCUUCAGCUGGAGAUGUGUACAGUUUUGGGAUAGUGUUACUUGAGCUGUUCUCCGGGAAGAGCCCGACAGAUGAGUGCUUCGCCGGUGGCCUAAGCCUAACAAGAUGGGUAGGUCCAAAUCCACAACUCUAUUGUCUGGAUGGAAUUCUUGGAGUUGGUCUGUCCUGUGCUGCAGACACCCCAGAUGCGAGAAUUGGCAUUCGAGAAGCUCUUCGCCAACUAAAAGCACUUAGAGACUCUUUUUUGAAGAACAAUGACAGUAAGAAUGCUGCAGCUACUAGCAAACGUUACUACCAAGUUUCAACAAAAUGAAUUCAUGGAGAGUACUCGUAUGACUCAAGGUUGGCACCAUUUUAUCUCUUUUGCAGCUACACUUCACAAAUAAUGGUCAAGUUGUAACUUGAUAUUGAAAUCUUGCCAUAGAACAUAUAUAGCAUGGUACUUUCGUAGAAUAUAAA